AUGUCGGUGUUUUUGCGCGGAAUGCAACCGAAGAAUGGCUUCACAGCAAUGACGAUACGUUUUGUGGACCACUUCAGAGAGCUGGAUAUUGGCUGGACGCACAAUAAGCUGAUAAGCCAGGGUGUCGAGCAGUUCGUCGAUGAGUUCCUCCCGCACAUACGGUUUAUUCUUUCUAUGUUCAGCACAAAAAUUGGCCCUCUCUCUGUUGCCCAAAAUUUUUUCGCGCAUCCCACCUUCCCCUCGUUAGCCUUUUUUGCAUUCCUCUUUCUCCUCCUUAAAUGCUGCACUUGUUUCAGCGCUCAUUGCUCUUAG